CCCAACAACACUGAACAUUCAGUCAUUGAACGACCGCCAUGGCGCACCACAACGCGUUGCCAACCAUCUCGUUCUGCGAAGACACGCUCCGGCUGCACAAAUUCCCACAGCACCACGUGGACAAGAUCAUGAGCGCUGCCGCCAAGGCGUGGUCGGGGUGGACCACGAAGGAAGGCCUAACGAACAUCAGGUUUGGUCCCGGCACUCCUUUCUCGUCGCCUUCUGGGGAAGUCACCGUGCAGGCGCGACUGUUCAUGGCGAGAUUGCUCAAAGCAUUGCUCCGCGAAGGCUACUAUUUGUACACGUCAUCCUGCGUGACUGCGGGCGACAUGGACACGAUGUACUUUGAACGACGCGCGCCUUGGACCCAUCCAGAGGUAUUCGCCAUAUCCGUGCACGAACACGACGUCCUGCGCGUGAUCGGCGCUCCACCAAACGUCGUUGACAGGGUCACGUCCUGUAUCCUCCAUGCCUAUCACCACGACAACGUCCACGUAUCGAUUUACGGCAGCCAAAACGGUGGGUGCACGCAGUUCAAGCUCAUGGGGAGUCCGUGGAGUUCGAAUCGGUCGUCACGGGGGCACGUGCUGCUGUCGCAUGUAUUUGGUUCCCUGGCGGCCGCUGACUGGAGGAUAUACGCGUCGAUCCAGCUAUCCCACAAGUCCACCACCAAGGACACGUGGUUCUUCUGCCUCGAGCCACUCGCAGAGCUCGUGCAGGCCAUGCCCAUCACGGAAGAGACAUCGUAGGUGCAAUACAAACAAGUUGUCGUGGUGGUCUCUGGUGCUUGGAUAUCAACGUUCUGCACAUCCUCGGCCCGCACUCGGCAUGAAUCAACCGUGAACUACCAAGCACCUCUAAGGAUUGGCGUCUGCAGCGCCACAGCAUGGCGGCGUUGUCAAAACAGCAAUGCGGAACGACUUGAUCCGUCAUCUCUUGGCACAUGGUGUACAAAGGGUCGACCCACCCGACGACAAGAACGACGUGUAGCUCGUGGUGGAGCCACCGGUGGGCAUCCUGCACUUUAGCCAAAGCGCUCACAUGCUCGGCUUCGAUCGGCAAGGUCAUGAUUCCGCAGAUCCAGUUCGUGGGCGGCCCAUGGGUUUCUGCUUUCGCCUCUGUUGUCUCACCGACUCCAAACACCACGUCUACCAAGCUCAUCUCUUGAGUUGUGCACGUCUCAUCACCACCAAUGCGUGCCACAUGAAGCAUACCAGAGCUGUGUGGUAUGGCUUCGCUUCGUUCGCACAACGAUGUCGUGCUGCCAGCCACGAUAUUCUCCCGUGGCGGCCUUCGUGAGCUCAAGUCGCAACGUGUUAAUAAAUCCUAUGGUUAACCUAA